AGGGCGCUGUUGUGGCGACGUCGUGGUGAUGGUCCAGCGAAGGCGGGGCGCUCUGACGUCUCUUCCUCCGCCUCUGAGGGGAAAGCGAGAGCAAGAGAGAGGGAAGAGCUGCCCCUGGCUGAACAUGCAUCAAGGCGGGAGCGCGGCGACGAAGAAGCUGAGGCGCGGCUAGGCCCGGCCUGCCUGCUUGCCUGCCUGCGGGGGCCCAGCAUGAGCGGCCAGCCGGGCCCCCGCGUGGCCGUGAAGAUGGAGGUGGCCCCCUUCUACGGCGAGGACGGGCUGGAGCUGCUCCCGGACUUCGUGCAGCUGCCGCCGGGCUUCAACGGAGAGGCGGCAGCGGCGGAGGAGAGCGGCGCCCAGCAGCAACAGAAGCUGCUCCUUGUGGGGGCCAAGAAGGCGCCGCCGCGGACCGCGCCGCAGGGGCCUGAGGGGAGCCUGCUGAAGCUGCCAGGGGCGGCCUCGGACUUGGAGCAGCUGCUCCUCCCGGGCCUGCCUUCCCCAACGAGUCCUGGCAGUAGCGGGGCGCCCGCUUCGGCCUUCUUGUUCCGGCCUCCGCCUCCCUCCGCGCCCCCUCCUCCUCCCCCUCCUUCGGCGGUGACCCAGGAGCAGGAGGGCUUCGCCGACGGCUUCGUCAAGGCCUUGGCCGACCUCCACAAGCAGAACCAGCUCCUCGGCGUCUCUCCCGCCCCGCUGUCGCCUUCCCUGUGCCCGCCGCCGCCGCGCCAGGAGGCAGUCUACACCACUCUGGGCGCCUUCGACCCGGGCAGCCCUGCUCCGUCGGGAGUAACGACGGCCUCGGCGCCGUCCUCCGCCUUCUUCUCCCGGAGGGCGCUGGAGGAGCCGCAGACCGUGCCCGAGGCCUCUCCGGGGAUCCCGCCGGCGCCGCCUCCUCCCCUCCCGCUCUCCUCAGGGGACUCCCCUCCGCCGCCUUCAGCCUCCUUAUCCCCGCUGGACGCCGAGAGCCAGGAGCGGCUCAAGGCCGAGCGCAAGCGGCUCCGCAACCGCAUCGCGGCCUCUAAAUGCCGGCGGAGGAAGCUGGAGCGCAUUGCCCGCCUGGAGGAGAAAGUGAAGGCGCUGAAGGGGCAGAACGCGGAGCUGGCCGCCACCGCCAGCCUCCUCCGCGCCCAGGUGGCGCAGCUCCAAGGCCGCGUCCGGAGCCACCUCUCCAGCGGGUGUCCCAUCAACGCCACCGGGCCCGGGCCAGAGGCGCCCGCCGCCGAGGCCGAGGCCUGCUGAAGCCUCCCUCCAGUCAGAGCGCCAAGGAUGGAGGAAAGAAAGGCCCACCCACCCUCGAUGGGCUCUAAAGGGCCACCCAGGCCUCUCAGGAGUUAGGGAAGGCAAGAGGAAAGGGGCCUGCUCUUCUGCACAGGCCUUUGGGUGCUUCUGUGGACCUGCCAGAAUCCUAACGUUGGAAGAGAUCUCAUGGGCCAUCCAGUCCAACCCCUUGCCAAGAAGCAGGAAAACCGCAUUCAAAGCAUUCCAACAUCUAGCCUGUGUUUGAAAGCCUCCAAAGAAGGAGAGGAAGAAGGAACUGGGUUGCUGCAUCCCGACAGAUAGCCACCCAGCCUCUGUUUAAAAGCCUCCAAGGAAGGAACUGGGUUGCUGUGAGUUUUCCGGGCUGUCUGGCCAUGUUCCUGAAACAUUAUCUUGUGACCUUUCGCCCACAUCCGUUGUUGAGGUCUAUUGGAAACUAGGCAAGGCAGGUUUACAUAUUCAGAAGGAACUCUGAAGAGGAAGAAGAAACUCCCCUGGAGUCACAGCACCCCCCUGUUCUGUGCUUAACAGUUUCAAACUGGUGUCAAAAAAGUAUUUUCGCUCUGCAUACACAUUCCCCAAGGGUGGUUGGUUGGUUACUCACACCACUGGUGUGGAUCACUCCUCAAGAGAGAGAAAGGGGCAAUAGGCAGUUUUUAAAAAAUAUUAUUUUUACACAAUUUUUUUUCGUGUUGAGAAACUGCAUAUCGUUUCUGGUGUGAGAGAAUUGGCCGUCUGUAAGGACGUUGCUCAGGAGGAUACCUGGAUGUUUCUGUGGGAGGCUUCUCUAAUGGGAAGCUGGAGCUGGCAGAUAGGAGUUCACCCCACUCCCCGGAUUCGAACCGCCAACCUGUCAGUCAGCAGUCCUGCCAGCACAAGGGUUUAACCCAUUGCGCCACCAGAUUUUGUAACAUGGAUUUUGUUCCUAGUCUUUUGCACAGUUUGUGGGUAAACGCAGUCAUGGUUUCCUCUAGUCUUCAAGAGGGAGAAAGGGGAAAUAGGCAGUUCUAAAGAAAGAUAGGAGAGAGAAAAGCUGUUUUUGCAAAAGCUGCAAUUGAUACACAUGUACACAAGAGACUUCUCACAGAUUUAGUCUGAUCGGAUAUAGAACCACCCAGACAAAUGAGAAGGCAGGUGCUAGCUUUCUAUUCCUGACCUCAAUGCUACAGCAACCUUUUUGAGGAUUUCAAGUAGCCAGCAAGUACUAAGUCAUCCCUCCUUGUUGGGAUGACUUAGUACUUGCUAUUAGCAAAUUACAUUUGAUGUUGUGCAAGCUAGAGUUUGGAAAAGUUACUUUCUUGCGUUGUUGUACCCAGAAUCCUCCAAGUCAUUUCCUAAUUGAUUCUAUCAUUAAAAAACAUGGAAAAUGUUUAUUAAAAUGCAAAAAUAAUGUUUCCGUGGGACAUAAUGCAGCACAUUUUGUCCUAGUUUUUCAAUGAAUAUUUCAUUGAGUCUCAACCCAUUCAACAUAGUUUGUAGCCACAAAAAACAAAGUUUCUGGAGUAUAACAAUGACUUUCAAAGUAAGGACUGCACAAUUAAACAGGAAAUAACACUUUCAAAACAGAUUUUUUUCCCAAAUCUUGUGACAUAGAGUCUCAUCCAUUCCAGAAAGACACUAUUCCCAAGUACUGUACUGUUCAGUCAUCAAACUACUCUUCGCAGACAUCGCCAAAAAUCCCUGCAGUGACAACAGUGGUUAUAGGUUUUGAGGGAAAAUGUGCAGGGGUCAAACUGGGCUGAUGGCUGCCAUUCCAGUGGUCCCCGGUUAUGUCAGGUAGCCGCCUGGAGUGUCGUUUCUGCUGCUUGUGAUCUUGAAAAGGCUCCAGUUUGGAAAACGUGCUGGCUGUUUUUCUUUGCUUGCCUUGGACCUACUUUUCACAGAAAAGCUUUGCUGAUCAGUCACACACACAAAUGCAUAUUAUUGCUGAAAGUCCAAAGAUUGCUUCAGAGAUGCCACCUGAGCUAACAGUGUGAAUAGAAGUUAUCUUUGUUAAAGACUUUUUACAUUUUAGAGAUUCCUGAAUUGUAUUGUAUUGUUUGGGUUUUUUUGGUGGAAGGUGGAUAGAUGAUAAGUCUUUUUCCAUUUGCAAAAAUUCCCAGGGAUUGUUGCAAAUGCCAGUAUUUAGGGACCUGCAGUCUUAUUAUUGAUUCUUUUCCUUUUGAAGUAAAGGAGUACAUUUUUUUCAAAAGACAGAGUAUAAAGUGUCUGAUAAGCACUUGUAUGUCAGACAAAUUGCUAGGCUUUUCAACUGAUCAUUAAUAUUUUCAACAGAUAACAGUCCCUGCAGUUUUGCAUUUGGAAAACUUUGUGAAAUAUUUCUCAAGAAACAGAGAGCUCUAAUCCAAGACGUCUUGUAUGUGUUAUUUUCCUGUUGUAGAUGUUUCUAAAGUUGCUGAAGGCUUGAGACCCAGCAUUUCAAACAUUUAGGAAUAGGCUGUAUAUAUUAUAGAAGAUGUGGCACUGUAAUUUUUUCUUUGAAGGAGGAAACCGGAAGCCUGGAAAUGGCAAGCUGCAGUGAGAACAGUUUAAAUUGCAGCUUGAUUUCAGUUUUCUGACUUGGUCUAUUAAGAAUGAGCCGUUCUAAAGAUCAGCAGCGGAAAUGGAUGUGCCACAUAAAAAUAUUUAUUUAAGAAUUAGUGUUGUUGGGGAAAAAUUUUUCCUUAGAUUUAUAAGCUCCAUGUUAUUUGUGUGUGUGUGUGUGUGUACGCACCAGAACAACUGAUGGGGCAUUUGUAGGCUUAUUUAUUGAAAUUUAAGAAAGUUUCUGUUUUAUUUUUAUAACAUAGAGGAUGAUUUUUGAAAAUGGUUUUCAAAGAAUGGGUAUCAAUUGCUUUAUCUUUCACUGUGUACAUUCCAGCUUAAAUUGCUCUCUUUGUGGAGUUACAGUGACUUAUGUGCUAUGCAGAAAAAGGCUCAGAUAGGAUUUUCAAGAUUAAACAAUUAAUUCAAUUGUACUAUGUUUUGAAUAACUCAUAGAAAUGUGUAUAAUUGUAUUUUUUCAGAAGAACUGCAUAUAAGCUAUUUUCUUGUUGGUUCACUUGUAAAAUAUUCUAUAGUUCUCAGGGUGGGAGGGGAAAGGGAAUUUUUUAGCAUUUUAACAAACUGUUGAGUUGGAAGUACAGUAUUGGCUGCAUUUUUAAUUUAAAGUGAAAUCAGAAAAGGAACUGUUGUCUGUAAUAUGAUUUGUAUACCUCCAACAAAGUGUGUUAGGAGAGAUGUCCCUCCACCCACUUCAUUGUACAGAAGUAUAGUUUAAAUGCUUCUUCAAAGGCAGCUUUAUUAUGUCCUGUAAUUUGUUUCCAGAUUCCCCUCUUAUGGUCCAUACAACAGAGCUUCUUUGAAAUAUGUAUUUUGCAGAACGAGCUUUUGGCUGAAUGAAUGCAUAUUUUGAAAGGCAGUGGAGAGACAAAAGAUGCAGUUGAAACAGAUAUAUGAAUUAUAUGAACCUGUUUUUAUGUCCAAUAGAACUCACAGCUAAAGUCUUUUUUACUAGGAAUAUUACUUGAGACAUCUCAAAGAAUACAGUGUAGCUGUUUAGGAAUAGAGAAGUAAACCUCUAAGAAUAUUCAAGACAUAUUGACCAGAGCACCUUCCAUUAACCGAAAAUUCUUCCAUUAAUAGUUUAGUUCUGUUGUGUAUUAUUGUUACUGUUUAUGUGUAUGUUGCUUUUUCAUUUGCGGAGUAAAGUUCUCACUUCUCUUCUCAUUUUCCUUCAGCUCUGAGAGUAAACGGAAUUCAUUAUGUGAUUGACAAACGACAUUUUUAAAAACUGAAUACUGCAAAUUUUGAUAGAAGACAAUCCUACAAAAAAUGUCACCAACAUUUUUUCCUAUCCCUUUUUGCUGAUCCUGUUUGAUAAAUUUCUGUUCGUAAUAUUUUCAUAAUUUAUAACAUUUUUCAUGUGGUUGGGAAUAAAGUUGAGAUAGUAAGCAUAGCUCUCAGAUUUUCAUCUGUAACAAAGGUGUUGACCUUCAUAAUCUUAAUUUUGAUAACUGAAUGAUGAGGCAAAGUAGACAGCUUUUAUAAAAGGCAUUAUUCUAUGUGGAGCUAGAGGGGCUACUACAUUUUUGUACAGAGUUCAGAUAACUGAUGUGCCAAAAUGUCAUGGUUAGGAUUCUAUUCUGUUAUUUAAUACUAAGAAAACAAGUUCAGGCUUAGAGAAAUGGGACAGAAUGACCAUAGAAUCAUAGUGGUUAGAGUUGAUUUGUUAUCAUUAUUAUUUUUAUUUACGAGAAUUACGUCUCUUGCAAUAGGCAGGAAAUGCAUUCCACAUCAUUUGGGACCAAAGCAUCAUGUACUUCUUGAAAUAUUUGUAGUCUUUGCACUUUCCAUAGCCUUCCUAAUAAUUUUGCAUCCACUGUCUUUUUUUCAAAUCAUCUCUCCAAAGUAUAUUUUCCAGAAUUUUUUUAACAUAAUUCACUUUAAACAUAGUCCAGUUGUUUGUCUCAAAUUUGUUGAUAUGUUGCUUUUGUCAUUUUAUGAUAGCAGCAACCUGUAUCUUUGAAGACCCUAUUUAAAGAUAGUAUCACUUGUGGCUGAACAUUUUGCUUUAUUAUCAACAAACAUUUUUUUUCUUGUUCCACAGGCUAAUGAGCAUUCACACUUAUUUGAUUAUUUGUUUUCUUAUGCUUUGGCUGUUGAGCUUUAAUUAUCACUUUUAAAUAACUUUAACAGUGAUUCUCAGCCUGUGGGUCCCCCAGAUGUUUUGGCCUUCAGCUCCCUGAAAUCCUAACAGCUGGUAAACUUGCUGGGAUUUCUGGAAAUUGUGGACCAAAACACCUGGGGACCCACAGAUAGAUAGCCACUGCUUUAAAACAAUACUUUUAAAAAAAGGUCUAAGCUUGAAUAGUACUCACCUGCCUCAACUCUUCAUUACUUUCUGAUGAUAUCAGUUGUUUAAGUGGUGUCCUUUGUUGAUUUGCCAUGAAGCCUUCUAACAGAUUGUCUUUGUGGGAUUUUAAAUCAUUUUGCCAUAUAGUGAGAAUUGUCCAUUGGCAGCUGGUUUUCUUGUACAGCCCAUAUAAACACCCAGGUAUUCACAUGGCUGUGUGAUUGAAGGGGCUGACUAAUUUGUUACUAACUUGGUGAGUGAUGAUGUUUGGCAACUCCUACCCGAUGCCUCUUUCAAGCAUAUCGUUUUGUCUCUCCUGGAAGGUUUUGGUCAUUGGGUGGAAGCCUAAGUUCAGGUAUGGACUAACUUGCUGCAGACAAUAGUUUGUAGUGUAGGGCUAGAUAUAAAGGAGUUGUUUAAAAUUAUUUGUAGAGUUCUGUAUGCUUUUUUACAACAAGUUUGUGCUUCAACUGUGAGAAAUCAAUAUUUGGCUUUAAUAUUUCCAUUAAGUAUGAAGGUGCUUUUUCUUUUUAACCAGUGCUGAACUGUUUCCAGGAGUGGAAGGUACAGAUUGUGGUGUUAUAAUUCGGAAGUAUUUGAAAACAAAUCAGUACUAAGUGAUUUCUUUAGGUAUGGGGAAAGAGCCAAAUACUUUUAAGCCUGAUUAAUUAUAGUCAGGGGGUCUUACACAUGUGCUUAACUCUGCCGUUGAAAUCAGUGGGAUAGAAAAACGUUUAACUUUUGCCAGAAAAUCUCCUGGUUCUUUAUAUUACUGCCAGAAUGCAUUUUAAUAAUGCUUUUCUGGAGAGGAGUUGUGAAGCUCAUAUGGGCAUAAGAGAAGCUUAUAAUUUCUUGCUUUCUAUUGCAGAUUUGGAUCCAUCUUUCAUUGCACUGUGUUGGUUAAGACUACUAUUAAAUGUUAAGCUUACCCUAGAAGAGAUAACAUAGCUCACUGGCUACAUGUUUGAUAUAUUGAAUGGUUCUGUUUAGCUGUUAUUUAUAUAUUUUUUAAAUCCUCUUUGAUAAUUGACAACUUAAGCAGACACCUGUCUAAUGCAAAGCAUUUAUUUUAUCACAAAGUAUAAUUUAAUUGAUUACUAAUACACAUGCUUCUAAUCCAGCAUUUGGAUAUUGUCAAAUAAUGACAUGCAGAAGUUAUUUUUAAACCACAUAGCUUAGUGGAAGGACAAUAGUUUCGAUCUAAGACUCCAUAAUUUUUGUGAAUACUUAAUCCUAGAAAUUUUGAAUUGGUAAAGUUGGGAAACUUGGAAUGGAGGGCAGAUCAAACCUUAACUUUGCUGGGAUAAGCAUGAAGGAAAUACUUUCUAAAUUCAAGCUACUUAUAAAGUUUAGCUUGCUGUAUGUUUUCAGUCCAUUUCAUAAAUGCCUUGCCCACAUGAUCAGGGUACUUAAUCAGAGAACCUGUUAUGCUAAGUAAGAAGGAUUUGUUUGAGACAGAGUAUCUGUUUUUUCUGCUUGUAAAGUUUUACACAGAGGAUUUUACCAGCUUUCUCUGGUCAUAGAAUGAGGCCUGUUCUGUAAGGUCAUUGUGAAUAUUGUAUGCUAAAUGUUGUUCUUCAUUUGACAAUGGGGCCAACGUUUAAAUAAUGUUUUGCAUUAUAUCCAGAGUUGACUUGCCAGUAUCCAAUAAUGGAAAUAGCAAUAAUAUAAAAGCUUGCUUCUGGAAGCAAUAGCCCCCAAAAUACUGUGUUCUCAAUAAGUUUUAGGGCAAUUCCAGAUUAUCAUGCAGUAAGCUAUACUAAAUUGCCAUUUAAUAGCUAUGCCUGAUUUGGAGGAAGUAAAGAUUAAUGGUUUUGGGUGUAAAUAUGCUAUUAGAUUACAAUUCCAUUUAUCUCUGACAAUUUCUCAUCGUAACACACAGGACCCUUGAGGCUAGAAUAAGUAAACCACAUGCACACCACUUCAGUGUUUUGAGAGAAGAAUAAACCAAAAGAUGUGAAAGAGAUGUGACCUACUCAUAUAAAAUUAGAGGGCCAAUUUACAACAUUGCUUCUCAUGCUAAAUUUCAUUGAGAUGACACACAUUUUGGGAACUCUGCCAAAACAUUCUGUAUUUCUAAAAGAUUGUUGAGGGAAUCGUUGAUCAUGUAAAUCCCACCAUCACUUUUUUCUCUGCUGAUACCUUAAGCACCACAUUUUGUGUCUGCUAACUAAAUCAUGUAUUAGAUCAUUUCAGAUACAUUCCAUGAAUUAGUCACUAUAAAUAUCCUUUAAAUUCUUUGCAGAAGUGUAUUGGAUUUAACUCAUUGCAUACAGUAUUGUUGUAAGAUUCUUAACUGCUGUGCGAACCGAAGUUCAAUUUAUAUAAAUAAAUCUAUGAUGAGUUGCUAAAGAUACUACAUGACAAAUAUUCAUAAAUAAAUAAAUGUCACUUAAGAUUUUACAUGCUGGCAUUUGCCUAGAAUGUUGCCUUAUGAUAGCUUAUGUGCUGGCAUAGUAGGUAGUAGGUACUCACUGUCGGAAACAUUACUAUAACUUUUAGCAUUAGGCUCUUAAUGAGAAGCAGAUUGGUAGGUUUCUACAAAAUCUACUGUUAAAUCUUUAUAAGGGUCUUAUUAUGGCACACUGCAGAGAGGCUUCCUGUUGGAGGGGAGAAAUCAUUUUUCACCUUUUAAAAAAACCCUGGAAGUUAGUCAAAAGAUUGUGACCACCAGGGUCACCUAGUGAAAUGGGAUUGAAACCUAAUCCAAAACUACCCGACUCAUUUUUUGUCUUGAAUAUGUAAUAACAACAGGUGGUUCUUGCUUAACCUUAUUUAUUUAUGUUAUAUUUCUUUACUGUUCUUACAUACUACUUGAAGUAAGAUUCCUUCAUGUUCUUAAUUAAGAGCAUCCACCCUUUCUCCUGUUUUCUUCAGAAGAGAAAGCACCAUAGUUAGAUUUACAGAGCAGUUGCCUAAUGUGGAGUUUCGAAAGCCUAUGUUUCUCUUAAAAUGAAAUACCCCCCUCUGAUCCCUUCCUUUUUACAAAAAAGGCCAAUGCUAACAAUGCACACAAAGUCUUUCGACAGAGGAAGUGUUAUUUUUAACUUUUACUGAAAUUUUAGAAUAGCAAUUUGUGUAUCCAGCUUGUGAAAAUCCUGUUUCAUAAUGUCCAAGGUGCAGCCACCAGAACAAAAGAAAAAUCUGAAAAUCCCUGAAGGGGAAAAUACAUUGUUGUAUAAAGUUGAGUAGAGUAGGCUCAUUGAAGUAAACUGGAUUUCAGUCACAUUUAGUUCAGUUGGUUUGCUGUAAGUAUGGUGAAGUCUGGAUCCAAUCCACUUAUUUAUUUUUUUAAAGUUAUUUGUGGCCUGGCAUGGACUUCAGUGAGUGUGAAGGAUAAGAUAGAAAGCGCUUCUCAUGCUUCAGAAUUCAGGGGGACGGUUAUGUUAUUGAUUUAGUUGCAUAUUCUUCACAGCCACACAAUUUUUCAUGUAAGAUAUGGGUAGCAGCAUUUUGACAGGUUCCCAAAAGCAGGUGUUUCUCUGAACCACCUGCUUUAGAUAUCUUGGAUAUGUCAGAUUUGAUCUCCAAAAGAUCAAUUGAACUUGAGGAUAAGUGACUCCAUCAUGUGCAAUUGAAUAAGCAUGCAUCUGGAACAUAUCCCUUUUCGUGGCUGUCAGACCAGUACCAUUUGGCAUGGAAUUGAUGUCUAAAAUCUAGGUGAUGCUUUGAUGUAGUCUGUAAAACUAAGGUGUUCACUGUUUUUGUUUUUUGAUCACAGGGGACUUUUUUUUGUAGGAGAGGGAAUGGUUGUAAAUGAUACCUUCACUAGCUCUCUUUUUGAAUUGCUCCCAUCCAGUUAUGGCUUGACUGCUGUGGUUUUGUAGCUCUAACAAUUUAGAAACCCCACACUGAAACAGUCAAGUGAAGUUUUAAUCCAAGUGUUGUCAUGAUGUUGCUACAUUAUUAUUUAUAGUAAAAACCAGAUUGAGAGUAUAUGUUUUUAAGCUGUACAAUUUACCUUCUUAUCUAAUCUUCUGUAAAGGCAAAAUGUUUCUGCAAUUUCUUUAGUGUUAUCAUAAGGCAAAAAAGUAUAGUUUUCAUAAUUUAAAAUAUUGUAUAGUUGUCAAUUAAAUUGCAUAACACACAAGUAAAGAACUUGUGGCCCCCAAAUAUUGUUGGAUCACAAAGUUUAUCAUUAAUCAUGACUAGCUAUGGUGGCUAAGGCAGAUUGGAGAUGAAAUCAAAAUACAUCUGGAGGACCAGAUUUCUUACUCAUCCAACCAUUAAGUCAAAAAAUGAAUGAAUACAGAGGGGUUGCCUUCUCGACUGCCCAGUGGUCCAUUAUGUUGGCGAUGAAGUAGAUUGGUAAUGACUCCAAAACUAACAACUGUAUCAAAGGAGAAAUAAGAGAAAAAGUAGUUGAAGAAAAAAUAGGCAGUGAGAACAAAUGUUUAGUCUCAGUUAAAAGAUUUGAACAGUAGGAUCCUCCAAAAGUCUAUUGGGACCAAUGCUGUUGAGUUUUUUUUUCUCUUAUACAGAUCUGGAUCUAGGAUUGCUGAUGAUGGCACAAAAUUAUUUAGGAUGGGAUCAAAUUGAGCUCUCGAAUUUGGGGGCGGUGCAUAUUUGAAUGGCAAAUGCAAUUCUGUGUAAGUAAAUCUCAUUCAUGAUUUCUGCUUUGCAUUCUUUUGGUGUUUAGCAAGUUUUCAUGUCGAAAAUUUUAAAAGGAGAUGGAAUAUGCGCAAAACACAGGACUUAAUAAAAUGCAUCUGAGCAUGCCCGUUGUGAAAUUCCAGCAAUGCUAUCAAUGAUGUAUAGAGCAAGAAAUUAUUAAAAAUAGAUAAUGCUGACAUAAAAACACUUUUUUAAAAAAAAUUCAGAUGCGUCAACUUAAAUGUACAACUUGGUUUUGUGUUUGUGUGCGUGAUUAAGGAGGUAAAAUGUUAUUCCUCCUUACUUGACUUGUGGUUGAAAGAUAUUCCCAGCUUUUACUGCCAUAUAGCAGUGAAACUUUGUUUUUUUAUUAAUAGAACUUGUGUAUUAUUUUGUACAGUAUAGCAGUUGGAGAUCCUAGGAUGGCAAUUACAAUCCUGCUACCAUUGCAAACUAAUGUGGACCCUUUAGAUCUCCAAAUCUUUGUGUUAAGCACUUAAGACUAAAAGGCGGCUUGCCUUGUAUGUGUAUUCAAGUAGGAUGGCCCUGCAUGCAGUGGCUAACAUGGACAUUUUCUGGUUUUAUCACUUGGUAACUAGGAUGAUUAAUAUAGACUGAAGUGAAUAUUCUUAAAAAGAGGUAUAAGCGUUCUGGAAUGUAGAUCAUUCUUGUGCUGAAACUGUUUACAUGAAAAUAAAGAUUACAUUUAUGACUUUGUAAUCUGCUAUGUGCAAUUUUGUACAUGUGUUAAACUUAAGUUUUAAAAAUACUGUAUGUAUGAAUACUUGACUGAGUAUUUGAUAUAAAUAUCAGAACAUUAAAAUGGCUUUAUAUUCAUAACA